GUAUUGCCCCUCGCAUGGUCCUCGACGUCCUCUGACGUCACAGGUCUAGUCUAGACCAGACGGACGGUCCGUCCCCGAGUAGAUAAAACAAGGCACCUGUCGACCUCAAAAACAGCCCAACGUGUGCGGACACCACGAUGGGCAACUCGCAGGGUCAGCUCAAGUCCUCCAAGUUUGAGACUGCUCUGCACAUGUCGAUCGAGCAGUCCUUACGAUCCAACACCACCACACCGCAACCGCUGUUCUCCCAGCUGUACUUGGACAAAGAUGUGAAACCCAAUGUCAAAGAUCUUGAACCUCAUCAGAUAUCCGGGGAUGCAUCACGGAGGGAGUCCAUCUCGACCACCGCCUCCUCCACAUCCUCGGCCCUGCCCCUCCCCAGCCCUCUAGCCUCCCAACCCCGCCCGGCGGAAUCAAUGAAGCCCCUCCCAUCCCGUCUCCCUCCCCCGCCGAUUGUCUCCCACCACUCGACCUCCAUCCAAUCGCCGGUUCCCAUGCCUGUAAUACUGACCUCGCCUAGACUCCCUAACCAGCCGCUGACCCCCCAUCACCUCCCCCAGCAACGCUUCGUGCUGCCCUUCGUGACACAACCCCCGCCCCCGCUUCAACAAAUCCAGCACCCGCGUUCGUCACAAGAGGGCGGUGUCAUGUCGCACAGCCAGUCCUCGUCCACGUCGACCUCGAGGCAAGGCUCGCCACGUUCUGCAAAUGAAGAAUCGCAACCGCUGUACAGACGAGAGUACUUGGAUAACGUGGGGAUGCUGUACAACACUCUGACUGGCGGUUGCCAAGAAGUUGGAUUUUGCCAAGCUGGUGCAGACAUCCGCCUGACAGAGUUAAGCGAGAGGCAGUUUGACGUUCCCAAAGGCUUCGUUCUGGUCGGGACCAAGUCGCCGUAUCUGCCAGAGAACAUCCUAGUUGCUGCGGUGGAUGCCCGAUUCCUCCCAGACCCAAGCACAUCACUUGCUCUGCUUGGAUUCAGCGGCAAUUGUGUCGGCUGCGGAGAGAAAGGUUUCCGCUAUUUCACUGAGUUCUCUCAUCAUAUCAACCUGAAGCUGACGACCCAAGCCAAGAAACAGAAACACUUGAAGUAUUACUUGGUGCGCAACAAGCAAGGCCAACUCGUUAGAGGACCCAACAUUCCCUGGAAAGAAUGCCGCAAGACAAGUUUCCCUGGUUCACAGGGCGUUUACAUGGGAACGCCGCCCCCCAACGUGAGCAUGCCUCAAACAUCAGUGAUAGUACCACGCCAGGUUAUGAGUCCCACAGCGAACAUCAGUUACCACGGCAACCAGGCCUCAUCCUCAUUUCAACCAAAGACGUCGCCCUCGGCGACCAUCAACCACUACGGGACGGCCCCUCCGCACGACACGUCCGCCCCUACCCACGGCCCGAGUAAAACGGCCCAUCUCUAUUCAAGUGGGACUCCUCCACUGAUGAAGGCGGGGGAGCCCAGCUCUCACCAGCAGCCCAUCAAGAAGAGGCAUCGGUUCCAUAGUCUGGACGAGGAACGGCUGAGAGGUGAUCAGUUUGUCAAUGGCUCACCGACUCACCCACCCAAGCGGCCCGCCAUCGCCCCUCCGCCCCUCCAUCCCCAUUUCAUCCCCCCGCCCCUGACCAGCGGGCUGCAGGACACCUCCUUCAUCACCCCCGGCCUGGCCGAAGCCUGCUGCUCCAAGGUCGUCAUCCUGGACUGCAGCGGCAGCAUCCCCAUCUUCCACGGCUGCGUCGGCGACAUCGUGGUCAGUCCGCUGUUCCGUGAGAGCUUGAAGCCGUCGCAGCCGAUCACGGCCCACGUUGCAGAGAGCUUGAGUCUGCUGGGCAUGCAGAGCAUCAACUUUGAGACCAUGGCGCUGGUCAUGAUCCAGUAUUUUGUUCAGCUUGGGGACCGCAUUCCAAGUAGAGAAGAACUGGACUUCGCUCUCCUGAAGGCGCGUCAGGACACAAUAAUCAAGGACCUAGGGGGUCAGCAUAAUAUCCCACAAUUCACCACGGUUGCCCCCGCCCAGUUGCCGCUGCUCGCCAAGCUGGCUGUGGCCACCUCCGAAGGAAGGGUCAAAAUUGUUAUCGCCCAGAGCUCCAUAGCAGAAGGCGUCUCAGAAACCCUCAAAUUGCAGGUUGCGAUGGGACCAAAUGAACAGCGCCCUCUGUACUAUGUUAUCAUCCAUGUUUCGCGGCAGCGAGGCACGGAAUUCUGCAUUAUCGUUGUCGGUUGCCACCAAGCGAGGGCACUAUUGGAAGCUCGGCUAUCAGCCCCAGAGACCUUCAAAGAGAUCAGUUAUGAGAUCAUCACUGGAAAGAUACAACUACUGACCAAUCACUUCAGCAAGAACAGCCCAGUUGGUCAUGACAUCGACAUACUUCUGGAGUCGUUUUCCGCCACUUUGGAAGGAGAGGUGUUUGUGCCGUUCAACGGAGAACUGCUCCAGAGAACUGAAGAGAGCGUUGCCAAGGAGAUGGAAGUUAGCACAAUGAAAGAGUACGCCCCCGAGCCGUUUAAACUCCACCCCCAGCAGAUAGCCACUGCGAUGAAGAUCCUGUCCCAGGUCUGCGCCAUCGCUGACUCGGAUCAGAUGGCUCUGGAUCUGGGUCGCUUCAUCAAGGUGGAUUUGCUCUUCAUUGUUCCUCCGUCUCACAUGUUGUACCAUCAGACCAUCACGAGACUCAUCGAAUCCAAUUUACUAGUCGACCUCGGACUGACUACCGCCAAUAACCAGAAGACCGCAGAGCAGUACGUCAUGCAGUGCAACACGUCCACAGAGAACCAGGCCAAGUUUGACAACUUCAUCAGUAAAGUCAAGAUCAUGCCGCACACGCUGUUUGUCCUGGUGCAAGAUCAGGCACAUCUAGAUAUCUCCAGGUAUUCAGUCAGUCAGCAACAGCAGGGGGGCAUUGUACAUCGCUACACCAAUUGUCUGGAUGUACUGGACGCACCUAACAUUCUGACCCUGCAAGUAUCAGGACUACCCUACAACCUCCAGACAAAGAAAUCCCGUAUCCCUCCACAGAAUGAGAUCUACAUGUCAUCAACUGUCAAACAGUCAGCUCCCCAGCCCGAAGUUGACCCCACUUACUUCGGCAUGGAGGAAUACUGCAACACUUUGUACUGGAGCAAUGAGGCACCGUUACUGCAGUAUGAUAACGUCUACGAGACAAUCGUCGAGUCGCUCUUGCAGAGAUACCCCAAGCUACACAGCAUGGUGGUCUGCACCUACUUAUUGAUCCGUCAAUACUCGGCGGCGCUCAUGUCACUUGCUGGCAUCCCCGAGAUACGAGAAGAUACGACUAGUAUCAGCUUCAAGAUUCUUCAGGAUCUCGUGACCGCACCUCUGGAAAGCGACAGCGGACAGGGUCACAUGAUCUUGCUGCGCAUCCCGUGCCCCCAGCUGGCCAUCCUUGCGCACGACAAGCUGCGCACCGUGCGCGACAAGCUCGGCUUUCAGUACCGGCUGGACAUCCUGCUGUGUGGCAGCGAUCAGGAAUUAACUGUCGACGAAUACUUCCUGAAGAGACUGCAGACAUGGCGAGGUGCGGAUAAAUCCUGGAAGCCACAGACUUACGAAGACCUGGACGGAUUACCGUGUAUCGCCAUUCUGACUAACAAGACGAUAACUGGCGAAACAAUGCCCAGGUCGCUCAGGGCUGUUGACCUGCGCCUGGUCAACCACGGCGUCUUUGACCUCUCCAGUCUGGAGCAGGAGCUGGGCCUAGCCUGCCGCUACAUCCCGGCGGACGCCAUCGAUCCCGUCGUCACGGUAACCGAGGACAGCGACAACGAUGACGAUGAUGAUGGGGAGAGCGAGAGCGGAAUGGAGUAUGAGCUGGCAGCCCCCGCUGGGCUGCACAUUGACCUGGGGUCACAGGCCGAUAACAUGUCAACUAAAUCAGAUCCUGCGAGUAGUGCACGGUCCACACCCAAACUGAGUGUAGCGGCAGACACGACGGCCCGUCUCUCGACCUCCUCCCACGGCAGUGACAAAGACCAGGCCCCGCCCACUCCACAAUGCAGUAACGUCAGCUCCCCUCCGCCGCCCAUCACCCCCGUCAAGCCGCUCACCCCUUCCAAGCAAGUGGUGCAUUCCACCCCUCCCUCCACCAGCCUGGAGUCCAUCGGCAUGGUGACCAGUUCGGUUCCCAUGGUGACCGAGCCCCUGAGUCUCCAGCCCGAGACCGAGGCCGUGUCGGACGCGGAGGAGAGUUCCGCAGUCAAGGAGGACAGAGAAGUUGAAGGGACGGGCCGAUGCGAGAGAAUUGUUGAGGAUAGGAUAGAGCGCCCUCCAUUGGUCAUUGUGUCGCAGUCGGUUUACGAGGUCGUCAGUGGGAAACACGAAAAGAACGCCAAUUGCACUGCUUCACUGGUCCCCAGCUGUGAUACCAUGUGGUCCACCACGUUACGGCCGGUCCCCAGCAAAGAUCCAGAGAUUAAGAGCACGUACUACCGGCAGUGGACGGAGCCGAAGACGCAUCACUACGACUACGAACGAAAGGGGGAGGGUAACAUCGCAUACCAUCCACGGAGAUUGCUUCUGUAUGGACCGCCAAAGGUCGGCAAAACGGGGACCUUCUUUCACUUCCUUCGAGUCUUGUCGCGCAUGUUGAUCCGACUGCAAGAAGUUGAAGUCGUAGACGAGGACGAGGAGGUGGAAGCGCCCUCGGGUGAUGAGACUAUGCCGGGCUCGGCGGCCGUCAAGUGGCCUGACUACGAGGCCUUGGUCAAGAUGCCGUUUGAUUUCACUCUCAGAAAUAGUAUAUUCAAGAACCAUAGCCCUAUAUGGACAGAAGACGUCAAACUUGGUAAGCCCAAUUCCAGUGAUGCCGAGGGACCCAGGAAGCCGUCCACAAUUUCUGUCAGACUGACCAAGUACAGUGCGCACAACGCCUUCCAUCAUUGCGAUCAAUGCCUCAACUAUAAAGACAUCUCAGCAGUCGAGGCCCGAGAAACCAAAGCAUACAGUAUUCGCCUGUCGUCCGUUCUGUUUGGCAAGGAUCUAGAGUUGCAGUUCAUCAUUCCACCUCAACAAGAGAAACAUUUUGUAUUCAACCAGCGAACCGGUCAGAUGAUGAGUAUGGUGCUACCCAUCAUGAGUGAACAGGGUCCAAACGCCGUCAAGACGCCCAUCUUCAUGUGGACGUUCGGACGGCACGAGCACGGCCUGAUCAACCUCCACCACGCUAUGGAGGGACGCAAACACGUCCAUGUCCUGGUCUGCAAACAGAAAGACGCGCUAGCCUAUGAGAAGCAAUGGCCAAAUCAUAUCAUACUGGUUCUACCGACAGUAGUCAACGAUGCUGGGCCUGGUGCUGCCAAGUACUUCAUCAAGGAGUUGGCUUACAACAACCUGCAGCUGGAACGCAGCCGACAGGAAGAGCUGGGAGUGAACAGACAAGAAGUCUGGCCGUUCAUCAUCAUCACCGACGACUCCUGCUUCUCCUGGCACGAAUGUGUGCCGGGCAAGAAUGAUUCAAGAAUUGAUUCCCUAAUCUCAUUGAAAACCUUGAUCGAGGAAGUGGAGGCCAUACCCAAGCUGGUCAGCUAUGCUCUGAUUGGCUUCCAGCAAUGGGCCAGCAGGUCAAAGGGCACGGUCAGAGGUCAACCCUUCUCACGAGGUCACCUGUACAAUAUGGUCUUCCUGAAUCUGGAGGAGACGCAGAAUGUCCAGUAUGAUCACCACAGAUUUUUCAACGAGGACGUGGAUUUCAAUCUCCGCGCCCAGAGCAGCUCACUACUUCUGUGUCAGAUCAAUCGAUUUUCGGUCAUGAAGAAACUCAUUCACAUCGGUGAUGACAUCAACGUGAUACCGUGCUCUAAGUCGUCUCCAGCAGGGAGUGGCCAUUCCAGGACCAAGAUCCAAUUCCGUAACUACGUCUCCACCCCCGACAGCGAGGAGCUCGUACCCCUCCUGGCCCCGCCCCAGUACCUCCUCGAACGCUUCCUGGAGAACAAGAGCGGGGAACGACUCUUCCCGUUGGCCGUCAGCAACUCGGAGAAUCCUGUGCUGCUCGUCGACUGUUACUUGAAUCUUGGGUCACAGAUUGCCGUUCAUUUUGUGAGUUCCCGGCCCCACUCUGUCAACACCACUCCAGACAAUCUCAUGUUCAGCGGCCUCCUCCUGUACAUGUGCGAUGCGUUCGUGGAAAGUACUUUCCUCAAGCAAUUCCAGUUUGUGUCUGGUGCCAGACUCUGUCUCAUCAGCCCAGACAGGAGCACCUUACGGCGUCAAGUCGUCCGGUUAGACCUGGAAGAUCGCUGGCGAUUCCGUCUGAGGGACGAAUUCCAAACGGCCAACAGGACCGAAGAUCGGCCGCUAUUCUUACUUACAGGGACAUAUGGUGACUAAAGAUACAGCUCGUAUAACGAUGUAUAUAAAGCACUCAUGUAUGUAUCUGAUCGGAUACGAUUCAAAAUGUACCAAAGCACG